UCUCUGUGGCCUGUGCAGCGUGUCAAAAAAAAAACUUCAGCAGCUGAAGUUUAGCUGUGCUAUGGUGCUAUACCCGAUUUUUUGUACUGUUUCCCACAUUUCUAUCUUUUCAUCUAUUAUUAUCCAUAAUCCAUAUUUAUCUAUUUAUCAUUUUUAUGCCCUACAUCGCGAAUCGUGCAUAAAUGAGUUGGUUCGGGACAACAAACUGGGAAACAAUCGGCGGAUCUAUUGCCAAGACGGCCAAGAGCGCGCUGAAACAAGCCCAGAAAAACAUCGAUAAAGUCCUCGAAAUUCCUGAAGUCCAUGUGGAAGCGACGGAUAACACUCCGAAAGCGGAGAAUGGAACAGUUUCUAGCAGAUCUGCAACCCCCACUUCUAGCGUCAAGGAGGAAACAGAUGGAUUCUUUUCCAUGUUUGGCGUUAACAGCCUCAGCACUGUCACGAAAAGCUCAUCGAAAUCCUCCCUAAACGAUGACACUCCCCGAUCCCUCCAAGAGCCCUCGCUGAGUCGGCGCGCCAGCACCAGCUCAUUAUCACGACUACGUUCCGUCGACACUUGGUCCACAUCGGAACUGCACGCUGUCAGCGAUGUCACACAUCCGCCCGAUCACUCUGUGGAGAUUCUAACUUCCCCUCCCGAUAACAUCCUGGAUAAUCUGGUUUCCGUGGACUAUCUAUCCGUUGAACCGGUGUCCCAUCAUCCUCCGGAGAAGGACGCGCUGGAAGAAGCGUUGAGUGAGGAUAGUGAUAGUAUGAUGCCUGUGAAUAUCUCGCAAGGGAGAUUGGAGAUCUUAUUUCAUGAUGAGGAGCCCGCGGAAGAGGUGGACGUGGUGGAGACGGCGUCGGACGCUCUCGUAAACAUUCCCCUCGAUUUGUAUGAUGCUUCAGCAGCCAGCGAAGAAAUUCCGUUACAGCAAACCCACGCUCUCCUAUCGGAGAACAGUUUGCGGGAAGAUCGCAGUCUGCUGGACGUUAGCUCGGAAAAUCUGUUUGAUAAUGCAUUUUCGAACGGGUCGCAGUCUGUGGAUGUGCCUGAUGGUGUGUGGACCGAUGUGAUAUCCGAUUCCGCACCGUUUGAUGGGAGAUCGGUGAAUUUGAAUGAUUCUAAUCCAGUGCAAGAUGUACAGGCUCAGACAACAGUUGAUUCUAAUGCAGUACAAGAUGUACAGCCUCAGACUACAGUUGUAAAACAAGAUAUAGUUGAAACUGACAGUUUGGAAGAGCCUCCGAAAUUGGACCCGCUUAUACAAAAGGAGGAAGAACCAGUGGAAAAUACACGGACGGAUGAGAGAGAGCAAACUGAAACUGAUUUUGCGGAGAGUAAUUCGAAUUUUGUGAAAUCGGAGUCUGUUACCGUUGUAAGAAACGACGAAACGGGAAGUGUUGAAGAGGAUAAAUCUACUGAACGGGAAAUUGAUCUACAAUUCAACACAAAUAUUGCUGCUACAAAUGAUGACGCUUCCAGAACGGAGCUGGAAUCGUUGCAGAGAAUUAUUGUCGCUCGUGAGCAGAAAAUUGCCGACUUGAAUUCUGAGAGCGUGAAAAUCAAGGAGGAAAAUGAUAACUUGAAAAGUGAAAUCGCCCUUUUGAAAGAGUCGGCUUUGGAAAUCGAUAGGAACAGAAAUGAAAUGGCAGAUCACUUUGCUCAACUGGAACGGAAACUCCAAGCAGUGAAUGAUGAGAAAAAAUCCCUUUCUGAGCAGCUGAAGUUAACUAAGAAUGAACUAUCAAACAGGGAUCGUAUGAAGAACACCACAGAAAACAUUUCCGGUGGUCAGCUUAAAGACGUUUUGCGGCAAGUUGAGGAGAAAGACGUCCAGAUUAAAGAAUUACUAGAAGAGGGCGAAAAAUUGUCGAAGCAGCAGUUUCAAAGCAGCAAUCACAUUAAAAAACUCCGCGCACGCCAAACUGAACUGGAAGCCGAAAACGCCAAGCUCAAGAACGAUUUAGAUGACAGGACUAACGAAAUCACUGCACUAAAAUCGACAUUAUCUCUGUCGGAAGAUUUGGAACAAAAGAAUGCUGUGGCGAAUCAACAGUCAGCAGCUGCCAUGGACCGAUUGGAGAAGGAUUUAUUGGCGACAAGAAAUCUCAACGAAGAAUCCAAGUCCAAAGUGGCAUCGCUACAAAGUGCUCUUGAUGUAGCGUAUAAAGAACUGGCUGAAUUACACCGACAACGAGCAACUCAUGAUGGACAGCUGCAUGAAACGCUGUUGUCUGCGGAAAUUGCCGCCAAGGAGGAGCUGCGUCAAGCACUCGACUUACAACGACAAGAACUAGUGCGCGACCAUGAGGAGUUAACCGAACGCGUAGAAAUUCUGCAGAACAACGUCAGUCGUCUGGAAUCCAUACUGAAACGGAAGGAGGAGAGCUUCCGGGAAGAGGUGGCCGACUAUCAGCAUCGCCUGCAGGAAGCCAUAGUCCGUAAUGAAGAGCUGUCACAGAAUCUCGCGCAAGCCACACGGCCACUGAUGCGACACAAUGAAACGCUGCAAAAACAGAUGACCGAACAAGCGGCCACGUUUGAGAAACUGGAGCAGAAUUUUACCAAGCGCCUGCAGGAAUCUGCAGCGCAAUUAUCAGUGGCUCAGGAACGAGAACGUGCAGCGGUGGACCGUCUAACCUCCUGUCAAGCAAAACUGCAGGCCCUGGAAGCACAGAUGACCAUUGUCCGCGAGGAGCGCCACAGUUUAUCUGCCAACCUGGAAGCGGAGAGUGGGCGCUGUCGUACCUUGGACGCCAGAAUGGGUGAGCUGGAGAAAGAACUAGAUGCUAUGCGGAGUAGUACUAAUGCCGAGUUGGGGAUUUUACGACGGGAAAAACAGCUGCUGGAACAUCAGACAGCGCUGCAGAAGGAAAAUGUGGAGAUGGAACGCCGCAAAGUGGCGUCCCUGACCGAGCAGAUUAAUGAACUGAAAGCGACAUUGCAGAAUACGAGUUUGUUGGAUGGAGGGUUAUCUCAGAAUUUUGCUCAUGGUCCCUCCGUUCGCCGCUCGGACUCCAUGAGCAGCCAGCUGAGCACGGCCACGCUGGAGCCUGAUGGUCGAUGGUCACCCAGCAACAGCAGUCAAGUGGCCAGUUCGUUGUACGAUGUUCUGCGGGGCACCGGCGCUCCUUUCAUUGACUCCGUCCAGUCACAGCUCAGACUCAAAGAUGGCGAACUGCAGCAUGUAAAGAACGAGUUAAAACAGCUGGAAAUCAUGCGCCAGACUCUGUCGGAUCAGUUGAUUAAAUCCGGCGAAAAGGCUCAGGAGAUGGAGCGUAUGAAAGUGGAAAUGGAAGUUUUGAGAGGCGCUAAUACAGAUAUAAAUCACCGCUACAACGCGAUGCUGCAGAUGUACGGCGAGAAAGCAGAAGAAUUACAGGAACUGCGUCUGGAUUACGACGAUAUGAAGGCGCUCUAUAAAUCUCAGAUUGAUGCCUUAACCCGCAUCAGCAAAGACUCACUCAAGUAACAAACAGUCCGUUUUGUAAAUUAUUCCCGCCUUUCCGGUUGAAAUUGUUUUUGUACCACAGAGAUUUACUGCUGCGCUAGAAGCGCUACAGUGUGUUUGGUUUGGACAAAAUGUCUUUUCUUGAUCUGUGAUUCCUUAUUCUAACGAGACGAAUUUAUCUGGUUUACAUUUUGCAGUUCUGUUAGCAUGAACAAUUGGCUAUGUUUUUAUUCGUGUAAAUAAAAAUCAAAUCGGUCGAGAAUUUA